AUGAUACUAAGUCCGUUAGACCAAACAAAUAUCAGCAAUGCCUAUGUUAGUGGCUUGAAAGAGGAUUUCAACCUCAAUGGGAACCAGUUGAACUAUCUUAACGUGUGCUAUUUCACGGCAUACGUCGUGUUCCAAGUGCCGGGGAUGUUGUUAAUGUCCAGGCCGAAAUGCGCACGCUGGUUGCUUCCUACCCUCGAAGUUCUGUGGGGAAUUUGCACAUUUGCACAGAGCCGAGCUACAAAUAUUAAUCAACUUUACGCGAUGCGAUUUUUGGUUGGGAUGUUUGAAGCACCCGUAUUUGCAGGGACGCAUUUUAUACUAGGAUCUUGGUAUUCCGGUCCCGAGCUUUUCAAACGAGCGGGAACAUGGUUCAUCUGCAACCCACUGGGUAGCAUGAUCAGUGGAUAUCUCCAGGCUGCUGCUUAUACGAAUCUCUCUGGCGUAGCUGGCAUGCCGGGAUGGCGAUGGCUUUUCAUUAUCGAUGGAAUUUUCACCAUUCCUGUGGCUCUUCUUGGGUUUAUCAUUUUCCCUGGUAUUCCAGACUCGCCUCGGCCAUUUUACCUCAAAGAAGAGGAUAUCGCAUUGGCCAAGGAACGACUCCAUAGGGCUCAAAUACGGCGACCGGGGAAAUUGAGCUUGGAUGUAUUCAAGCGGACGUUGAAAAGAUGGCACAUUUGGGUUUUCGUGUUUUGUUACAUAUGCAUGAUCAUUUCUUCUUAUCCAUCGUCCUACAUGAAUCUGUGGCUAAAAGAGGAAGGGUAUUCAGUGACCCAGAUCAAUAAACUCCCAACUGUGAUAUAUGCCAUCAAUAUUGUGGCUUCUUGGCUAGGAACCACUCUUGCUGCGAUAUAUCCGUCGUGGGUCAUUUAUAUACUCGCCUCCACUUGCUGCCUCUUUUCAACCCUGUGCAUGAUUGUCUGGAGCAUACCUACUGGGUUAAAAUUCUUUGCGUGGUUCCUUUUUGGCGUUUCCGGUUGUCUAAGUCCGAUCCUAUAUUCUACAAUCAAUACCAUUGUGAAGGAUGACUCGGAAGAAAGAGCACUUAUAAUGGUUUGUUCAUGCGAUAUUCUUUGUCGAUUUCCCAAAACUGAGACCAAACAGGGUAGUAUGAUGACGGUCGGAUAUUCGUUCAACAUCUGGGUCCCCCUUCUUCUAUUCCCAACAGCCGGCCCGAAUGGUGCGCCACGAUGGAAAAAAGGAUGGCCCGUGACAUUUGUAUUUUACUUCUUGCUUUUGUCCGGGUUCUUAGUAUCCAUUGUGAUCAAUCGACGCGAGAAACGACGGCUCGUUGUAGAAUCUGAAUCAGAUGAUGGUAGUCGGGAGAGAGAGGAAAUCGUAAUUAAGGCCAAUUCCAAUUCAAAAAGCGGGCCACAAAUUUGA